AAGACACUCAGAGGGACAUCUCUCCUCUUAGUGGACUCACCUGCUCCGACUCCUUCCUAGCCCUCCCUAAGCUCUCAACAGCAACCAUGAGUGUCAGGAUCUCCUCAUCCAGCUUCAGCAGCGGUGGCAGCAUGAGUGGCGGUGGCUUCAGCAGCAGUGGCAGCAUCAGGAGGAGCUUCUCCAGCCAGUCCGCCCUGGCAGGUUCCAUUGGUGGCAGCUGCAUGAGCUCUGUGUCCAUGAGGCGCUCUGUUGGUGGCGGCGGCCUGGCCUUGGGAGGUGGUGGUGCUGGAGGCCUGGCCUUGGGAGGUGGUGGUGCUGGAGGCCUGGCUCUGGGUGGAGGCGGUCUGGCCCUCGGGGGUGGAGGCAUAGGUCUUGGAGCUGGUGGUGCUGGCUUCGGACUGAGCAUGGGUGGUGGAGGUGGUGGCUUCGUGGCACCCGCCAUCACAGCUGUCACCGUCAACCAGAGCCUGCUCGCCCCCCUGAAUCUGGACAUCGAUCCCACCAUCCAGACCGUCCGCACCCAGGAGAAGGAGCAGAUCAAGUCCCUCAACAACCGCUUCGCCUCCUUUAUUGACAAGGUGCGCUUCCUGGAACAGCAGAACAAGAUGCUGGAGACCAAGUGGAGUCUUCUCCAGGACCAGACCACCGUGCGCUCCAACAUCGACUCCAUGUUCGAGGCCUACAUCGGCAACCUGCGCAGACAGCUCGACGGCCUGGGCAACGAGAAGGUCAAGCUGGAGGGAGAGCUGAGGAACAUGCAGGGUCUGGUUGAGGACUUCAAGCUGAAAUAUGAAGAGGAAAUCAACAAGCGUGCCACAGCGGAGAAUGAGUUUGUUCUGCUGAAGAAGGAUGUUGAUGCUGCCUACAUGACCAAGGUGGAACUGGAGGCCAAGGUUGAUGCCCUUCAGGAUGAGAUCAACUUCCUCAGGGCCAUCUAUGUGGAGGAGCUGCGUGAGCUGCAGGGACAGGUCAAGGACACCACUGCUAUUGUGGAGAUGGACAACAGCCGUACUCUGGACAUGGACUCCAUUGUGGCUGAAGUGCGUGCUCAGUACGAAGACAUCGCCAACCGCAGCCGUUCUUAGGCUGAGGGCUGGUACAAGGCCAAGUUUGAAGAGAUGCAGUCCUCUGCUGGUCAAUAUGGUGAUGAUCUGCACGCAACCAAAUUAGAGAUCGCAGAACUCAACCGCAUGAUCAGCCGUCUCACAAGCGAGAUUGAGUCAGUCAAAGGACAACGCGCCAGCCUUGAGGCCCAGAUCGCAGAGGCUGAGGAGCGUGGUGGGCUGGCAGUGAACGAUGCCAGGCUGCGCAUCAGGGACCUCGAGGUGGCCCUCCAGAACGCCAAGCAGGACAUGGCCCGCCAGGUGCGCGAGUACCAGGAGCUGAUGAACGUCAAACUGGCCCUCGACAUUGAGAUCGCCACCUACAGGAAACUGCUGGAAGGAGAGGAGUCCAGAAUUGGUGGUGCCUCUGCAACCGUUCAUGUUCAGGAGAGCUCCGCUGCUGGUGGAGGCGGUGGCCUGGCCCUUCGUGGUGGCGCUGGUGAUGGCAUUGGAUUCGGCUAUGGUGGUGCCGGCAUGGGCAUUGGAAUUGGUGGUGGCAUUGGCAGUGGCUCCAGCCUCAGCAUUGGCGGUGGCAGCAGCAUGUCCAUGUCUCGCUCCUCCUUGAUGUCCAGUGGCAUCCGCCGCUUCUAAAUGAGGAACAACACCUCUCCUCCCUUCCAUCUGCUUUGCCCCUGCUAUCCCCUAUUCCACUCACAGAACAUUCGACAACGUCCUGACCAAAAAGUGUUCUUCAUAAACAAAAACCUCAAGAGAGAAAAAGAAAUGGUUAGAGCUACCCAAUUCACAUCACACUUUGGAAGCCUUUCCCAUCACAGGCCCAUGGAUCUGAUCAUGACCAGUGCAACAUGUUCAACAAGCCAUUUACAUGUGAAAACACUUAAAUAAAUGUUGGUUCUUUAUAAAGUA